GGGUUGAGCUGCUGUGGGAGUGGCUGAGCCCAGGUGUGGGGGGCGCUUUAGGGCACCCAGGACCCCAGCCCCUAGCGGGAAAGGGACAGGUGCCGGCUGGGUCUGUCUGUGCUGAAGGAUGUGGGGGACAGUCACCACAGCUGUCCAGAUUGAGGUGCUCUGGUGGGCACGCUGGCCCCUGGCACUGCCCCCAGAGGCGCCUGGCCCUUUAAAAGCCGGAGCUGGCCGGGGGUGCACGUGAGCCCAAGCGUGAGCGUGCGUGAGAGGCUGGCUGGGAGGACGCCAGUGGUUGGUGGGGGGGGAAUUGCAGGGAAGCCAGGCUGUCCCAGGGGACAAAAAGUGGGGGCUGACGCCUGGAAAUUACCCUGAAGGUGGAGCACCGCCACCUUCCCCCAGCCCCCUUGGUCCCACCCUCUCCAGGCCUUCUUGCCUCGGACUCCGCCCCGCCCCUGCCUGGCAUCCACCUCUUCAGCUCCCACCUGGGUGCGAUUGAGUUAAAUGGCUGAUAAGCAGAUCAGCCUGCCAGCCAAGCUCAUCAAUGGCGGCAUCGCCGGGCUGAUCGGGGUCACCUGUGUGUUCCCCAUCGACCUGGCCAAGACCAGGCUGCAGAACCAGCAGAAUGGCCAGCGCAUGUACACGAGCAUGUCCGACUGCCUCAUCAAGACCAUCCGCUCCGAGGGCUACUUCGGCAUGUACCGCGGAGCCGCUGUGAACUUGACCCUUGUCACCCCCGAGAAGGCCAUCAAGCUGGCAGCCAACGACUUCUUCCGACAUCAGCUCUCUAAGGACGGGCAGAAGCUGACCCUGCUUAAAGAGAUGCUGGCGGGCUGCGGGGCUGGCACCUGCCAGGUGAUCGUGACCACGCCCAUGGAGAUGCUGAAGAUCCAGCUGCAGGAUGCAGGGCGCAUCGCUGCCCAGAGGAAGAUUCUGGCUGCCCAGGGCCAGCUCUCGGCCCAGGGGGGUGCCCAGCCCUCAGUGGAGGCUCCAGCUGCCCCUCGGCCCACGGCCACCCAGCUGACCAGAGACCUGCUUCGGAGCCGCGGCAUUGCUGGUCUCUACAAGGGACUCGGGGCCACGCUGCUCAGGGACGUUCCCUUCUCCGUGGUCUACUUCCCGCUCUUUGCCAACCUAAACCAGCUGGGCCGCCCGGCGUCUGAGGAGAAGUCACCCUUCUAUGUGUCCUUCUUGGCCGGCUGUGUGGCCGGGAGUGCAGCUGCUGUGGCCGUCAACCCCUGUGACGUGGUGAAGACGCGGCUCCAGUCGCUUCAGCGGGGGGUCAACGAGGACACCUACACCGGGUUCCUGGACUGUGCCAGGAAGAUCCUGCGGCAUGAGGGCCCCUCGGCCUUCCUGAAGGGCGCCUACUGCCGUGCGCUGGUCAUCGCACCCCUCUUUGGCAUCGCACAGGUGGUCUACUUCCUGGGCAUCGCAGAGUCCCUGCUGGGGCUGCUGCAGGCCCCCCAGGCCUGAGCCAGCGCCUGCUCCACCCCAGCCAGCCGGGCAGGGCCAGUGUGGGGCCGGAGCCAGGCAGCCAGUGCAGGCCAGAGCAAGGGAAGACCUCUCCCCAGCCCUCCCCGUCGGCAGGGGCAGCAGGGGGUGGGGUGCAGGGUCCAUGUGGGUGCUGCCCACACCAUUGGGAUCAAUGUCUUAUUUAUGUAGAAAAUGCAGAAAUCUUUACAUUCCUCAAUCUAGCCCCUGCCCCAAUCCUGCCCUGGCCUGAGCACCCCCAGGGACAGAGCUGGUCUCUGGGCUGGGGGCUCCAGGCCUGGGCUGGACAGGCUGGACCAUACCGGCUCCAGUCUCCACAGCCGUCCUGGUCCACACAGGGACCCUGCACAAACCUAUUUAUUGAACCUGCUGGGACCAAGGGGCUCUCCAGCCCUUCCGUCCUUCCCCAGCUACUCCUGUCGCCUUGGCAGGGCCUGACUCUGCCUCCCUGGCCCGACUUGCAAGAGGACUGGGGUCCAAGACCCUCCAUGUUGAGCUAGGAAUCCCAAACGAGGGUUGCCCUGGG